CGACGUGGCAAAUGACGGCACAAGCGUCACCUCGCAAGCCCUGGGAGGUUCGAAGCGGAGUCGGUGGAAGCAGCACACCACCACCGUCACGAGGAAUAGGAGGAGGUGGAGGGGUGUGGGUGGAGGUGGCUUGGGGUUGGCUGGCUCUGUGGGGUCGACAGGGAGGGCGACGAGUCGGCCGACAACAACAACGACGACGACGACGACGGCUGCCGCUCCGGGCUCAAUGGCGAUGACGACGACGGGGCGCCCGAUGGGUCGCGGUAUGGGAUUGGGUGCUCUGGGUGGGUAUGCUGGUCGCGCUGGGUAUGGUGGUGGCUAUGGUGGUGGCUAUGCCGGUGGAUAUGGCUCCAGGAUGGGCUAUGGAUCGGCAGGCCUCGGCAUGGGCGGCCUGGGCUACGGCGGCUACGGAUCGGGUCUGGGCUACGGCUCGUCGAUGUAUGGUUCGGGGUUGGGCGGGAUGGGCUACGGCGGAAUGGGUGGGUAUGGCGGGAUGGGCUACGGGCACGGCACCAUGGUCCCGGGCGGCGUGGGCGGCAUGGACUCGGUCUUCAACCCACACGCCUGGCUCGAGUCGAUCGGCUCAUCGGUCCACGCCUUUGGCCAGCUCACGUGGGUGCUGAACAACACGUACCAGGCGGUGUUUGGCACGCUUGCGGCGGUGGUCGGCGUCUCGGACGCGUUCUCGGCGGUGAGGGCUCAGAUUUGGUCGAUGAUCCGCGCUCUGGCCAUUGUGCGCACCCUCGCACGGCUGGCUGCCUUUAUCCGCUCGCGGGUCUUUGGCGAGGACGUGAGCGCGGCCGCGGUGGGCGCGGCGGGAGGAGCCGGCGCCGGCGCCGAGCGCGGCGGCGGCUCGUCGUGGGGCUCGCGGGCGCUGCUGCUCGCGGCCAUUGCGUACGCGCUGGCGCGGCUGCUGCGGGCCAUCCCGUUGCCGGCCGAGCUGGAGGCGGCUGACGCGGCGGCGGCGGCAGCGGCGGCCACGUCGGCUGCAGGCCAGCUGUACCCAUCGACCGGCACCUUUGCCACCGCGGUGUACCGGUUCAACGGCGAGGGUCCCGACGAGCUCAGCCUCGCGCCGGACGACCGCAUCGAGCUCUUCUCCUGCGACGAUGGCGAGUGGUGGUCCGGCCGGCGGGUCGGCGCCGACGCCUCGGGCUGGUUCCCGGCCAACCACGUCAAGCUCGAUCCGCCGAGCUGAGCGAAGGGUACUUGGCUGUCGAUCACCCGCUGCCCUCGCUCGGUCGGGCAUUGCGGCGGAUGGGGAACCACUUGGGCAGCCAGUCGUCGUCGUCGUCGGCGUCGCCACCGCCGGCA